GGCGUUGUGUAUGCACAAGUUGUGCUGUACAUAUAUUUCUCGACGAUCAAUGGUCAUUUUUAUCUCGGUGGUGUGAUUGGCUGGUCUGACGUCCAUCGGGCUUCAAUUCAACAAGAUCCGCUUCACUUCUUUGUCCAGUAGGAUUUUCUUCACAAAGUGGUCGUACCAGGCCAUUUGUCGCGGUUUGAAGAAUAGACACUUUUUUGCUUCGCUAAUUUCAAUCCGAUUUUCCAAAAUGGCUCCUCGCGGUUUCACCAAUCCAGCACCCAAGACCGAAUCUGCGCGAUCUGCCUUGAGCUCCUUCACAUGUGCUCUUUGCAACAAGUCUUAUUCGCGUCAUCCAGAAUACGAAGCACACAUCUCGUCCUAUGAUCACCAACACCGCAAGCGCUUACAAGAUCUCAAGCAAUUAUCGCGAGACCCUAACGCAGCAGAAAAGGCCCGGAGAGCGGAGAAAAAGGCAGAUGCAGAUGCCGGUUUAAGGGUUAUCAACACCAGCCAGGCCACUGGCACAGCUCCCAGUGGCACAACUGGUGGUGGAGGCUUCAAGAAGGGAGGGUUCAAGAGCUCUUUCAGCACCGUGAAGGCACCGCCCCCUCCUGCAGCGAAGAAGAACGUUCUCGGGGACGAUGAGGAUGAGGAGCCGGCUGCAAAAAAACCAACAGGUGGACAGGCCCCGCCUCAAUGGGUAAAAGAAACGAUGACUCAGGGCGACCAGGUGGAAAGUGACACAGAUGAUGAAUAUUCGAAUGAUCAUUCAGGUGGAGGGUACUAUGACCCGCGCAAACCGACCGAUUGUUCCUCUGGAUGUGCAGGAACUCACUCUGCCGUGUUAUGA